CACAGCCGAGGAAUAAGGUUCACAACAGGCUUACAAGCAGGACAGGAGCCAAACCCCCAGGAGCCUUGCCGAACACGUAGCUGUAAACGUGAAGUUGAAGAGGCCCACCCCCUCGUCACCAUGGCAACCACUGUGGUAGUGCAGCAGCCCCUGCAGCUCUUGCCUCAGGCCGAGGCCUGGAGCACGGGCCUCUUCCACUGCUUCCGCGACAUGAAAAUCUUUUGUUUGUACUUCUGGUGCUUCUACUGUAUGGCAUGCGAUACAGCCCAGAAGUUUGGGGAAUGCCUGUGUCUCCCCCUGGUGGACCUCCUUGGCACAGCAUUGACAACCAUGAUGUGGAUCCCCAUUUGUGUGGCCCCAAUAGGCCUGUCCAUGAGGGUUUCUGUCCGACAGAAAUAUGGCAUUCCGGGCACCAUCAGUGACGACUGCCCCAUAGCCACGUUCUGCGUGCCCUGUUCCUGGUGCCAGAUCGCCCGCGAGAUCAAGCUACGCAGUCAGGCCUGCACAGUCAUCAGCCACCAGCCUGCGCCCCUAAACUCCUGGGCCCCUGGCGGAGCUGUGCCCCUAAACUCCCCGGCCCCGGCCGUCCUGACUGCCCCGCCCAUGGGUGUGUACGACCCACCCAGCUACACAGCUUCCCAAUACAAUCCUCCGAUCCUGAUCGCUAAGUAAGAGGGUAUGGCUACGCCCCCUCCAGAGGUAUAAUGCUGCAUAAUUAAUACCUAAGGAAUCAUGCUUUAUUAGCAUAUAUACCUGUGCUUGUAUUAUACUGAACUGAGCUUUAGUAGCAUUUAUACCUGUGCUUGUAUUAUACUGAACUGAGCUUUAUUAGCAUAUAUACCUGUGCUUGUAUUAUACUGAACUGAGCUUUAUUAGCAUAUAUACCUGUGCUU